CUGCCUGAGUGGGCUCUUCUAAUGACGCUGUUGAAUAUGCAGCUAAGUUGCGCAUUUUGUGAAUUAUAAGCAGAUGAACUCUGAAGCUCAGGGAAGGUGAUUUGGGUUGCCCUGUAUGAGUCUAUACCGUAGAAAACAGAGCUGAAGAAAGAACCCCGAAAGACAAAUGGAAGAGCAGCAAGUGUGCGGGAAAAUAGAAAAGCUUUGCGUUAGUGUUGUACUACACAAGCCAGCCUUUUGUCCAUGAUCUUUACUUUCUAGAGUCAAGACAUUUCUUGGAACUCUCAAAAUUCUUCUAGUCCUAACGAGCCUUAAAAUUUCGAUGUCUACCUUUUUAUAGAUGCGUGAAUAGUUCUGAUCUCUUCUUCAAAGACGCUGGGCUUGAGCAAGUUUACCUGACCUCUUCAAGCCCAAUAGCUCUUUAGAAAAUGGAAUUGCUGUGCCUUUCUCGCCGUUGUUGUUGGGAGAAGACAGAAAAUGCAAAACAAAAUGAGGGUGGGGUAAACAAAACGAGAAUACUGCCAGUGGUGUAAAACUAGUACUUAGGAAGGUAACUAGGACCCCGACUUUUCAGGGUACGCAGGGAAAGAGUACUCUAUCUAUCUUCUGACACAGAGAUGUCAAACCUUUUGUUGUGAGGUUCAAGAAGACCCAGAGUCAAGUAAGAAUUUCUGCUCCACCACGAACAACAAUUUGAGAAACAGCCCCCUAUACGCGCAGCCGCUGAAAGACUACCACUCCCAGAAUGCUACGCUCCGGCCGACAGUCCACCGCUUCCGUGUGGGCCGCGCGCCGGUGCCGCUCUAGGCACCACCUCGUCUCCGUUCCUGGCUGCGGUCGCGCGCUUUGGAGGCUGGGUGAUGGGCGUCGCUCAGGGUGUCACCUCGUUUCGAGGUCCGGCUGCACGCGCGCGCGAUGGAGGCCGGGUGCUGGGUGCUCGGCGGCGAAUUUGAGGACUCGGUGUUCGAGCAGAGGCCGGAGCGGCGGCCAGAGCCGCCCGCCCCCUACGGCGCCAAGCUCUGCGAGCCGCAGUGGUUUUAUGGAGAGGCGGAAACUAGUGAUGAUGCUGACAUUCUCACUCUCAAGAAAUUCAGAGGGGACCUGGCCUACAGACGGCAAGAAUAUGAGAAAGCACUGCAGGAAUACUCCAGUAUCUCCGAACAGUUGCCAUCUACCAAUUUUGCCACGAAAAGGGAUGUCCAAGAAGGCCAGGCUCGGUGUCUGGCUCACCUGGGGAGACACGAGGAGGCGCUGGGGAUGGCGGCAGACUUGGAAAGCAAAGCAACCAACUCAGACCAUCUAACCACGGUGCUCUACCUUCACCUGGCUAUCUUUUCAAGUUUGCCGAGCUUGGAAAAGAUGACCCUCUGCCUGCAAAAACUGAUUUCUCUGCACCCUCUCAACCCUUGGAGCUGGUGUAAAUUGGCAGAGGCACACCUGAAUCCAGGGCCAGAUCUGCCAGCGCUGGGUGCGUCACCCCAGGGACAAAGGAGUGUCACCUCAAGUGACAAGGCUAUCAGUCCCUCCUUUGUACACUCUGGAACAGGCUGUCUUUUGUGUUUCCCAGUGACCUUGCCUGAGAGUGCACUGCCUACCGUGGGAGCAAGUGGUUGUACUGCGCGGAAGGCUGAGGCGGCUCCAAAGACUGUGCAGAACUGUCUGGCAAAACGGAGACAAGAAGUGUGGAUGGAGGCUCGGAUGAAAGCGUGCGCCUCUCUGAUUCGUGCCAGGCUCCUGCUUCAGCUCACCCGAACUCAGCAAACAUCAUUUGCUUUGGAGAAGAACUUGAGAAGCCAGCAGGAAAUCGCAGGGAAGGUGAAGGAGUUCAACUUCAGGGAAGACACUUUGCUGCUGAUGGAAGCGGCUAUGGGGGAAGAUAUUGUCCCAGAAAAAAUAAAAGAGGAGAUUCAUUCAGAGGUGAAGUGUGUUGGCCCUGAAGCCUUAGCUGCCUUGGUGGUUGCAUCCUCCAAAGAAUUUGAAGACAAAUGGUUCAGGAAGAUCAAAGACCAUUUCCAACCCUUGGAAAAUCAGUUGCACGUGGAGAGGCAGCUCCUGGCCUAGGAGAGCACUUCAGGACCCGAGCG